AUGGAGUGGCCUGAGCUGAAUGCAUCUCCAGCUUCUGGGAGCAAUCGUAUGACUGCCCCAAGCCCUAGGACUUCCGGCAAUGGCGAAAGGAAGCGGGUUGGACGCGCAUGCGAUAGUUGCAAACUGAAGAAAAUAAAAUGCACUGGCACCAAGCCCUGCGUUCCUUGUAUCGAGGACGGCAGCGGCACGUCCUGUUCCUUCAAUGCCCCCUACGCAAGGGGACGCCGGAGGACGACCGUACACCAUAACACCGCCAGUUCCUCAAGUAAUUCUGCAAGUACAGUUCCAGCCCAGGUAGAGCCAGAAAAGCCAGCAGAAUCAGCACUGGCAUCACCCGAGCCCACAGAAAGCGACCGACAGGGCCACUUUGUCGGCUCCUCAUCUGGCCUGGCAUUCCUGCUUCGUCUGCAGAGGCUUCUGCGUGAAACUGGGAAUGCGCAAAGCUACCCAACUUCUAUCUUUACGCUGGGCGAUGCGACGCUCCCGGACUUUGAUGAGCUUACCUUUACUUUGCCGUCUUAUGCGGAUGCAAAGGCGCUGGUGGAGACUUACUUUGAGCUUGCGUCGCCGAAUUACCGGUAUCUCCACCGCGGGACUGUGGAAAGAUGGCUCGAUGACUUGUAUGCAGGGCAGAGAUUGAGCCAUAGCUGCCAGGCAGCUGUCCUGUCCCUUUUUGCCCUGGCUACUACCUAUACAGGCUCGAGUUCUGGCGGCACUUCGCCAGGGACCGACGUCAACUCAGGCAUCCUGUACUUCCAGGCAGCAGAACGGCACUUGAACCGCGAAUGCGAGCCAGCCAGCCUGACAAUGGCCCAGGCUUUGCUCAAUUCAUGUUUCUAUACCCUGACCUGCUCCCGGUUGAACCACUGCUGGAGUUUAUUUGGCACGACUGCUCGGCUGAUCCUGGCUCUUGGACUGCAUCGAAGGAAUGUUGGCUCUGCUGCAGCCCAUCGUGCAUCGCCAAAUCUGGUAGAGCUCGAAUGCCGAAAGCGACUCUUCUGGUCUGCGUAUAAUCUGGAUAAAUACCUGAGUGCUAUUUUCGGCAGACCUGCCAUGCUCCAUGAUGAAGAUACUGACCAGGAUAUUCCACUUUUGGUAGACGACCACAAUCUCAAAGAAGACCAGAUAGAGACAGCACCCCAGAGCGGAUGCUCCACGAUGAUGGGGCUCAUCAUGCAUGUCAAACUCACGAGGAUUCUCAACAAAACCCUCCGCACACUAUACGGCAUCAGACCAGUCCGAACAAGCGAACGGCAGAAAUCAAUCCGUACUCUCAGCGAGGAACUACAAACAUGGAAGCAAGAACUGCCUGCAUAUCUAGAUCCAGAACUCGUCGACCCCAGUGUCCUGGGCCCGCUUUUCCAGCGCCAAAACAACCUACUCAGUCUAGCUUAUGCCCAUGCUACGAUCCUGAUCUACCGUCCGAAUCUUUUCCAUGAGUUCUGUGGACAUAGCCGAGAGCAACUGAGCCAGGAAAUACUAGACAAUGUACGGUCCUGCGUCGAUGCAGCGAUGCUGAUUGUCAGUGUUGUCGAGCGAAUGGUCAACGCCGGCCAAUUCUACGACGGGUCUUGGGUCUCCAGAUAUCAAGCCUUCUGCGCCGUCGUAGUCCUCUACACAUACACCACCAAACCCCCAACCACAGCCUCCGAGUCCCAGCAAUGGUUAAGAUAUUUCACCGCCGCCGAACAAUGCCAGCACUGCAUCGGCACAGCCGCAUCGCCAGACUCCCUCUCCUACCGAUACCACCUCGUCAUGGAAGAGUACCGAGUAGAAGUAAUCCGCCAAGUACGUAGCUACGCGCGCACACCACCAGAGAUAGCCCUGGCGCUGGAAGACCGCUUGAGCCAUACUCUCCUGCAGACGCCCGAGUCGGUGGAUACGUCCCUGUGGUUGGAUGGUGGCGGGCUUGAUACAGCUGCGGUGAUGGAGCGGGAGGCGGACAUUGCGAAUGCGUUUAUGGAUCUGCCGAAUUGGGAUCAGUUACUUGCGCUUUUAGAGCUUGAAACUCAUAGGUUUUUUAUAGGCCAUAUGCUAUCCAAAUCAAACAAUGGCUUAUAG